AUGAGUGAUACCAAGCCAAGCAAUGACAGAAGGGUUCGCAAAAGAUUAAAACGUGAACCAUCAAGCAAUAAUAACGAUGCUCAGACUGAUUCUCCAAGUAAAAAUUCUGUUUUUAUUUUAUCAAAUGACGACGAUGACAGUGGUGUUGAUUCAGAAACACCAAAAGUACAGGUACAUACAAUGACUCAAUCAAAGAGCGAAACACCUAUGGUCAAUCCACAUGCAAAUUCAGCAUUAGAGAUUCCAAGAUUACAAAAUAUGCCUCAAGAAUCAAAACCACAGUUACGAUUACUUGACAGAUACAAAUCUUCAACACCACGCGCAUCUUCAAGGCUUCAACUUAUACCAAUAUGGGAACGAGUAAAUCAUUACACAGUUCAUCGUGAAAAAGUUUGGCAAGGAGGAACAUUUCAUAAAUUAUUUACAAUGAAGCAAGUUGGAGAUAAUUCUGGCUCAUUUGUUGCUCAAGCCAAAUAUGCUUCUACUUUUUCACAGGAAAUCAAAGUUUCGAAUCCUCGAGGACUUAUAUGUGAAAUCGAUACUAAUAAUGAAGGUCUUUUUAAUAUGAGACUUGGAAAUGAUAUAUCGUUGUCUCUCAAAAUUGAAGCAGGGCAUGCUGUACAUGCUGAGUUUUUCGAGAUAGAUGGCGUAAUCCCGCCUUACAAAAAGCUUACAAGUCCUCCAGGAAUAUGCUCAGAUUUGAAAUCGGCAUUUGGAGAUAGAAAAGCAAUCCCAAGUAUUAAAAACUGUAAAAUGUGCUUCAAUGGUGAAGAAAUCAUUGCUGUCAGAAAAGUUGCAAAAGAUGAUGUUGAAAUUGAUGCUAAAGGAACAAUAUCCUUCCUCGCAUGCUUUUCUAUUGCACUUUUCAUGUUUGUUCAAUCAUAA